UUUUUUCAGGACUAUAUCAUGGGAGCUCUGUCAGGGAAGACAGUAUUACUCGUGACACACCAAGUUGAUUUUCUUCCAGCUUUUUCUUCUAUCUUGUUGAUGUCUGGUGGAGAAAUUAUAAGAGAUAAAACUUACGAUGAGCUUCUGUCUUCAAGUCAAGAAUUCCAGGACCUUGUAAAUGCGCAUAAAAACACAACUGAGACUGAGAUCCAAGUCAGGACUUCUUCUAGCAGACUACCUAUUCAAUCCACAGGAGAAAUCCAGAGUGAAUAUGUCAAGGAAAAAUCAGGAGUGCCUUCGGGAGAGCAAUUGAUCAAGCAAGAAGAAAGGGAAAUAGGAGAUACUGGUCUCAAGCCUUACUUACAGUACUUGAGUCACAAUAAGGGCUUUCUAUAUUUUUCCUUGGCAAGUAUGUUUCACAUGAUGUUCAUAAUUGGGCAAUUCAUACAGAACUUCUGGUUGGCUGCUGAUAUCCAGAAUUCUACUGUCAAUAGAGUAAAACUGAUCACAGUUUACACGCUGAUUGGAUGUGGCUUGGCAAUAUUCUUGUUCCUGAGAUCAUUAUAUUUGGUUGUCCUGAGUUGUAGCGCAUCAGAGUCCAUUUUCUCCACACUGCUGAAAUCUCUUUUCAGAGCCUCAAUGUCCUUUUAUGACUCAACACCUCUAGGGAGGAUACUCAGCCGGGUGUCUUCUGAUCUGAGCAUCAUCGACCUUGAAAUAGCUAUCAAGUCAGUAAUUGCAGUUGGAUCAACCAUGAAUGCCUACUUAAUGCUGGCAGUGCUGGGAAUUCUUGCCUGGCCAGUUGUGUUUGUUAUCAUUCCCACAGUUUACCUAAGCAUACUCCUUCAGAAAUACUAUUUUGCUUCUUCAAAGGAGUUGAUUCGAAUCAAUGGAACCACAAAGUCUGUGGAGGCCAGCUACCUUGCUGAAUCCAUUGCUGGAGCCAUGACAAUACGAGCUUUUGGGGAUCAAGAACGAUUCUUUAAAAAGAAUCUAGACAUUAUUGAUGCCAAUGCAUGUCCUUACUUCCAUAGCUUUUCCGCAAAUGAGUGGUUGAUCCAACGCUUGGAGAUACUGUGUGCAGUUGUUCUCACAUCGUCUGCUCUUGCCCUGACUCUUAUUCCUUUGGGAGCAUCCUCUUCAGGUCUCAUUGGAAUGGCACUGUCAUAUGGACUUUCUUUAAAUGUUUUCCUUGUUACUUCUAUCCAAUUUCAAUGCUUGCUAGAAAAUAUGGUUAUAUCUGUAGAAAGACUAGAGCAAUACAUGCACAUCCCCUGUGAAGCUCCAGAAGUAAUUGAUGAUAAAAGACCUGCAGAGGAUUGGCCUUUUGUUGGCAAAGUGGAGAUCUACAAUUUGAAGGUAAGAUACCGCCCCAGUUCUCCAUUGGUGCUCCAGGGAAUAAGCUGCAAAAUUGAAGGAGGGAGCAAGGUUGGAAUAGUUGGCCGAACUGGUAGUGGGAAGACAACUUUGAUCAGUGCACUUCACCGCCCUUUCACUUCCUCGACGAGUCCGUCCUGAGAGACUGCUUUGCUUCCUACAAAAAGCCACCACCAACCCAUUCCUAAUACCUUCUUUCUCUUCCCUCAACAACCCCAUUUUCCCCUUCCCUCAAUCUGCCAUGGAGGCUUCGGUUCUCUCUCGCAUAGGCCUUGCGGGUCUCGCUGUCAUGGGUCAAAAUUUGGCCCUCAAUAUCGCCGACAAAGGCUUCCCCAUCUCCGUCUACAACCGCACCACCUCCAAGGUCGACGAAACCCUUCACCGGGCUCAUGAGGAGGGC